GUUUGCGUCACGCCAAUGGUGAAGGGGAGGUUCCUCGGCAUGUGUGUGCUGCUCGUGGCAGCUGCAGCGGCUGGCGAGGGCAAGGGGGAGAGGCAGGGUGUUCCUCUGCUAGACGUGGGGAGGCUGGAGAAGUUUGUGGACGAGCUACCGGACAUGCCAGUGCUGCGUGGGUACGGCGUGGCGGAGCGCGGCAGGCUCAUCGCCGGGGAGCUCAUCAUCGGCAUGUACGACACCAUAUGGAAAUUCCACCGCGACCUUCCGGCGACGCGGGUCUUCGCCUACGGCGCCAGCAGGGAGACCGCCACUGUACCGGGCCCGACCAUCGUGGCGAUGAAGGGGGUGCCCACACACGUGACGUGGACCAACCACCUCCCGCCGGAUCACAUCCUUCCAUGGGACAGAUCGCUCGCUGCCGCGGGGCUCGGCAACGGCACCGGGGUCCCCACCGUCACCCACCUUCACGGUGGCGUGCAGCAGUCCAGCUCCGAUGGCAACUCCAUGGCGUGGUUCACUUCCGGCUUUGCCGCCACGGGCCCACACUUUUCCUCGCCGGCGUACGAGUACCCAAACCAGCAGCCUCCGGGGAACCUCUGGUACCAUGACCACGCCAUGGGCCUCACCCGCGUCAACAUCCUCGCCAGCCUCCUCGGUGCAUACCGGGUGUCCGACCCGGCUGCCGAGGCGCCCCUCGGCCUCCCCUCCGGCGAGGAGUUCGACCGGAACCUCGUGUUGUUCGACCGUGACUUUAAGAGCGACGGCUCGCUCUUCAUGAACGCCACGGGGAACAACCCCAAGGUGCACCCGCAGUGGCAGCCGGAGUACUUUGGCGCUGUCAUCGUCGCCAAUGGCAAGGCCUGGCCUUUCCUCCGCGUGCGGCGCCGGCGGUAUCGAUUCCGCAUCCUCAACGCCAGCAAUGCACGCUUCUUCCGUCUCUCGCUCUCCGGUGGCCUCCGCUUCGUCCAUGUCGGUUCCGACUCUGUGUACCUUGCCAGGCCGGUGCCCACGAAGGAGUUCCUGCUGGCGCCGUCCGAGAUCGCGGACGUCGUCGUCGACUUCGCCGGCGCCAAGGACGACGCGGUGACCCUGCGGUCCAACGCGCCGACGCCAUACCCCGGUGACCUUGACGAGAAGGCUGAGACAGUGGCGGUGAUGAAGUUCCUGGUCGCGAGGAAGCCGGAGCAUGACCCAUCCACCAUGCCGGCGGCGCUGAUGCCGUGGUACCCGAAGCCGGACGCGCGGGAGGCGGUGGUGACCCGGCACAUCGCCAUGUACAAGUACGCCAAGAAGGGCACGGACGAGCCGACGCACAUGUACCUGAACGGCGUCCCUUACACGGACCCGGUGACAGAGUCGCCGCGGGAGGGCACGUCGGAGCUGUGGGAGGUGAUCAACCUCACCGACGACGACAACCACCCACUGCACGUGCACCUGGCGGUCUUCGCCGUGCUGAGGCAGAGGUCGCUCCAGCGCGUCAACGAGUUCAGGGACUGCAUGCAGGGGAGCGCGAGCAGCGGCGCCGGCGGCCGGAACGACGCCCUCGCGUGCGGGAUGCAGCGGCACCUCGCCGGAGGCCGCACGCAUGUCGUGCCGCGGCAGGAGCGCGGCUGGAAGAAUGUGUUCAAGGUGCGGCCCAGCACGGUGGCCACGCUGCUGGUGCGGUUCAUGCCGCUGGAGGAGCCGUCGGGGAAGAGCGGCCGCUUCCCCUUCGACGUCACCGCCGGCCCCGGCUACGUUUACCAUUGCCAUAUUUUGGAUCAUGAAGACAACGAAAUGAUGAGGCCGAUGAAGAUUGUUCGUUAGCUGCAUCAAGGAUCUGAAGGAAUUCUCUUCAGCAACCUUCAAGGCUUCAAGCACGUUCGUCGGCACCUUAAUAACUGGCCCUUAGCUAAUAACUGGCCCCUAUGUAGUUAAGGUCUAAUUAGUUA